UCCUGAUGCACAAAACACAUGACAACUUGUCUUUUUAGCUCUGAAAGUCAAAUAGAACUAUUUAAUGCCGCGGAAGUAGCUUUAAAUUCACGGUUUUGUGGAAGGAUGAUUCAAAGUAAACUUUACCUGUCCAUUUUCCAGAAAAUCUGUUAGCCUGUAACACUGCUGUUGGCACUUCAAAGCAGCACGUGUAUCGAACAGAAAACAAACGACACACUCUUAAUGGAAGCCAAAGAAGUAUGUGAGUUCUCAGACUCAAAGGGAAGCAGCAGAGAGUCUAUCCAUUGUCACUCACCCGAGUUUGACACUGGAGUUUAUCCUGACAAUGGAGUCCGUGACAGUGACACAGAAAAUGACCAGUUGGAUUCCCAAAGUGAAGUGCAACAUAUGGACCAAGGCAUACAGAAUUCACUGUCAAAUUCACAUCAUGAUAAAUCCACACAGCAAGUCAGAGAUGAUUCACAUAAUGUCACAUGGAAAAUUAGCAUUGUUAUAGCUAUUCCAAAAGGAGAGGAUGAGGAUCAUGUUGCUAUUGAAAAGGAAAAGAAGAGGCCAAAGAAAGUGUUGUCCAGUGGCGUUUUUGAGGCUCCCAAAGCUCAAGGCUACUAUCACAUAGAAUAUAACUUGCUACCAGAUGAUCCAGAACCAACCAAAGUGGACCUUGUGAUGUUUGGGCUUGCAGCUAAAAUCUACAUCGACAAUGAAGCAAAGGUGUUAAAGCCAUGGCAUGAGGGAGACCAGGUGUGGCUGGGCUGGUCUCAGUCUGUAAAAGUCAGAGUCACUCGAGAGCUACUGAUUAAACUAGCGUCCCACAAGGUCACAUUUAGAGUUUGGGACACAAAGGACAGAGUGUCUACCAAAGCCAGAAAUGACCGACCCAAAGCCUUCAGACUGCCACAGACCAGGAGUGGGGAGGAGACCGAUCAUUUAGGGGCUACCCCAGACUGUGAGGCGGCGAGAUACGGUGGUGUUAAGCAGAUAGUGUAUAAGCUGAGAUCUGUCUUUGAGAAGGAGAACCCAAGGACCAGAUUAUCUUCUAAGGGACGUGGAGAUGCAACAUCAAUAGAUUUUAAGAACUUCUCUGAGAUGAACUGUGCAACAGCUGCUGUGAAUAGCAGCUCAGUGAAAGACAAGAACCUGGCGGUUUUCAGAAAGAAGGUUCCUCAGAAACCCACUCAGGACAAUGCUGCUUAUCUGGAGAACAUCCAGAAGAACGGAUCAGCCUUGGUGGAGCUAAGUCUUCUUCAUCUACUGACAGGAGACAGGUCGCUGACUGAUUGCCUGGUCACCUGUUCGUCGGGGGUGUAUGAGGGCCUGUGCAACAUAACUGUGGACAGGCCACUAAUCUCAGAGGACCUGAAAGCUCAGCUCAACCCACUGGUCAUCACCAUCCUGUCUGCUUCCUCCCUGCCCUCCACUCCUGUCCCCUUCCAAGUCUUGGAGGAGAAGUGUCUUCCGGUGUAUUGCCAGUACAGGUUCCACAACUUGAAAGUGCACAGGUCUAAAGGCAGAGAACACCGCUCUAACAUCUACUUCAAAGACGUCAAUGUGAUUCUAACAGGCCUGCUGAGCCCUGGGGAGCUGCAGGAGUUCCUCCAAGGCCCUCCGCUGGAGAUAGAGGUCCACGACCGGGACAGGAAGGUGGAGAAGCCUUCCUCCGGUCCCGCCCUAUUUGGUACCGAGCCCAAUGAUGACAAACUGAGCAGUGUGAUCCUGGUCAGUGGCAAACGCACAACCUACAACCCCUUGAGGGCAAAGACCAAGCAGUACAACCCAUACGGCGUAGCCAGGCUGAACCUGUCUGGCCUGCUCCAUGGAGAGAGAUGUGUGAAGCUCAACAUACCUAUCGAAUGCUGCCGUCCACCACAGCUGCUGGGAAGUGAGAGGAAUGAGUGGGAGAAGAAAUUGACGGCCAUGCCAGGCGUGGUUGAAGGAGCCCCAGAUCACGCCAUGCCAAUGGGGCAUUACUUAGAUGCCAACUCCCAGCUCAAAGUGCAGGUUGAAAUAGCUUGCCCUUUCAACAUGGAGAGCGGCAGCGAGGGAGCGCUAUAUUCCCCGUUUGGUCGCAUCAUUUACAUCUUCAAAUACAACAACGUGUCUGUCGUGGCCAAGCUGAGGUCAGAGAUUCAAAAGAUCAACGCAGCAGCUUUCCAGUUGGACUCCCAGUCAAACGAGACCAUUGAACGAAUCCUUUCCAGUUACAAAAUGACAGCCCCGGAGAGGGGGAGUGUUGAUCUGGACACUGUUACUGGAUUCCAUAUGCUGGAUAAGCAGAUACACCUUUUUGUCCUUGAAGGUCUAAAGCAUAAAGCCAUCAAAAGGCUCUGGAAAACAGUCCCUAUAAAGCUGAUGGGGAGUGAAGAGGAACAGGUGAUGGUUCUCUACAACUCAGAUCUGAGCUUCUCCAAACGCCUGUAUGACACCCUGGACAUCAGUCUGAGACCCGUUCACCUCCACGAGCCACUGGAGGCCAUCAUGAGACAGCCUCUGGUCUAUGUCAGAGACAUGGUCCCCCAUACCUGCUUCCAAGCCAUGUCACGAUUAAGCGUCCUGUGUAAACUGCGGAAGCUGAAAGAUGUGGUGAGGAACAACCUGUUCCCCUCAGCCGAGAUGGUUCUCAGCAUGAGCAAGGAAUUUGGAAUAGUUCCUGGGAAAUGGGAGCAAAGGCUGAUUGCAAAGACCCAAAAGCAGCCUGAGUUCUCCCCCAUGCAUGCCUCUGAGAACACACGCAGACCCCUCAGCACCUACAACUCACGCUACAUUCAAUGGAAACAAGACGUUGCCGACAAGCAGCUGCUCAGUCAGACCAAAGACUUCAUCCAGGUUAACAUUGAGGAGGUGCAACAAGCCAGUCUUCAAGUAAAGAAGCCAAAGGUAGCAGUAUUAGUUGCUGAGCAGGCUAAAGACAGUGCAGCCCACAACUACAGUAUCCAGACCAUGAACUCAACUGAGCAGGCUAGGGAACUGCUGCGCAAGGAGAUGGCCAAGGAACCAACUCGGAGGUUCACCUACAGCCAGCAUUACCACACAGCCACAGUGGAUCCCAGAGAUGUGAAGUCUGAGAUGACAACCUCAGACGCCAGGUCCAGGUCGGCCUGGCGCACUUACGAUGGCUUCAUAUACCCGGGCUUCAAGAGCAGCAUCGAGUCCAACGAGCACCCAGGACAUCCGGACGAGGCUCGUGUGGAGGCACUGAGAAAGCCCUGGAGGGAAAACAUCCUGCAUGAGAACACUCUGAGGCCCACGCUGGCACGGGACAGAUGGCCCUGGAGGGAGCGCCACCAGGACUUUCAGAUCUACACCCAGACUGAUCAGGACUUCAGUACCCCUGUCUCCAUCCACCUGGCUGGAGAGAGGCUUCAGCAGGAGCAGCAGCAGGCAGCCUGGUCUCAGUACUCCAGGUGGCGGAGGAAGGUGCUCCCAGGCGGCAGUACCGUGUCUGGCAGGCGGGUCCCAGAGUUCAGGUGCUACAUGGGUGGAGCUCCAGGGCAGCUCCCAGCCAAGCUCCAGAACCUGCUGAAGGAUGGGCCCAUGAAGUACUCCCUCAGAAAGCCAGGAAUGGCCCUCAAGCCUGUGCCUUCACUGUCUGUGGUUCAGAGAUCUCCGUCUUCAGAGAGGAAGACCAACAUCGCAUUCGCUCCUGGGCUUUUACAGGACCAAAGCCUGAUGCAGGAUAACAAUAUGAUACCAAGACACAAUUCCCAGUACAGCAAGUUCCACUUCAGGCAAGUUGGCAAGCUUUAUUAUGAAAGACAACCACGAAAUAAACGCAACAGAGAAGGAGAAUAG